CCCGCAUAUUACCUAUGACAGUGACACUAAUGACACCGAAAUUGACAUUGACAGUUGAUAUGACAGCUGACAUAGUUAGACGGCACCUGACAUAAGGAUUGCCGUCACAAGUUAUAAAUAAACUAGCUCUUUUGGCGAUUUGUUUUUGCCAUUAUGCGUAAUUAAAGUGUGAAUAUCAGUGGAAGGUGCGAGGCUGCAUGUUGAAGAUUUGUUAUUGAACAACUCUUUGAAAGCACAUAGUUUAAUGUGGAUUUGCCAUACCAAAUGCUUUGUAUCAAUUUUGAUUCAUGCAAUUGUUGAUGGAAAAGUUCACAAAAUUAAUAUUAUAUCCGUUUAUUUUAGUACCUUAAACAGUUUACCAAGUGCUUGCGUUGCCGCUCCACUAAUACAGCGUGACCCAUCCAUGCGGGGACGGAAUGUUGCUCGUAAAAUAUUAAUUGUAUCUGGGGGUAAAGACUUGAAUACUCACAGUUAUACAGGAUAUCUCAGUUAAGGCCCACAUGCCAAAGUUAUUUAUUUUUUAAAUCGAUGGUUUUUUAUUACAUAUUCAGAUAAAAUCCUUUAAAACAAGAUUGAAUUCUGCACAACAUCAAUGAAUGCAACAUACUUUUAAUUAAUAUAGAUCUCUUGGGUACCUAUUUGAUCUAACAAGUAUAAUACUAUGGGUGGAAUAGUCGAUUUUGUGUCAAACAUUUUUAUUGGCCUCAACUUUAACUCAUUUCAUCAAUUUCACUAAAUUUUUGGCCAAUCAGUACAGGAGUAUUCAGGAAUUUUGUAUGACUAGUUGGGUUGUAGCUAGUUUCUAUUAAAUAUCUUCAGUAAGUGCAUAUCAAUGAUAUAAAUAAAUAUGAUCACCCACAAGUUCCUGCUGAUAUGCUGACCACGCCACUAAUUUCCAAACAAUCUAGUCUUCUUUAUCAUUCUCAUUAUGUUUACAGUCAGUCAGAAGCCUUUGUAAAAUUGGCAAUACUGACUAAUUUCAUUUUAAAUGUGAUUUGGAAGCAUCUUAUAACUGGUGCAGUCAUCCAAUAACAUGUAAUAUGUGAGCCAGGAAAAAAUUUUGGAGACCCACAAUGUUAAACUUUUUCAAGACUCAAUCUGGCUUUUUGGACUUUGCCCCACUAAUGGAGUGGCAGUGAGCACUGGAGUGACUUCAUAUUUUUGGAUUCCCAAUCCAUCAGGAAACUGGCAUUCAAGACACAUAUGAGGGGCACUGCAAUUUGGGACCACAGUGCCCAAAUUUGCAAGGAUUCCAGCUUAGGGUAGAAAUAAUUACAGAUCCAGCUGGGAUCUUUCUAGGAGUACAGGAUGCUAACGAUCACCUUCUUAGUAUUGAUUUCAGCUUGCUAACUUGAACUGCUAAAAUAAAGUAGGGGUACCUUUUGAAAAGCACUGUACAUGCAUACAUAAAAAAAUGCAAUCCUGUAUAGGAAUUGAUGCCAGCAUGGGAUCAGUCUGGAAAAGACUGCAAAGGGUCAAUAAGAGGGCUGCCAAAUUCCAUUUCACAGUCUCAUACCAUCAACUGUCCAUAGACCUCAGUUCAAAAUGGCAACCGCAAAAAGUUUCAUUAGUGUGGUCGAGACGAUCAAGAAGAGUGAGUUCGUUACCUAUGGCGUGCGAGCCAACAUUACAGAACCCCUUCAAGGGUCUGGUCGUUUGGCCUAUACCCGAAAAUCACCAGGUGGCUGUGACGCUCUUCAAGGAUCCUAGGACAAACGAACUCGAGGACAAAGAUUGGUCAUUCAUUAUAGAAGAUGUACCUGCUACUGGAAAACGAAGACAACUAGCGAUAGCGCACGUCAACAUGAGAAAAUAUGCUAGCAUAGAAUCGUCGCAUACCGAGUUACAAAUAAUUUUUAAGGCCACCACCAAAAAAAUUCUCGGAGCUAAACUGGACUGUUCCUUGUCAUGCGUGUUUCUCAGGGAAGGAAGGGCAACGGAUGAAGACAUGCAAUCGAUGGCCUCCCUGAUGUCAUUCAAUAAUAACAGUGACGACAUCGCCGCUAUAGAGGAUGUAGAGGAUGAAGAUUAUUCAUACAGCGACAGUGCGAUGAAAAAUAGCUUUCACGAAGUUACACUCCAUCUACAACAAAUGACAAACAGCUUAUCCGGCUCGGAUUUUGCGUGCACUCCAUUAAGUGUUGCAGGCAUGCUUUUUGACGAAAAGACUCCCACGGCCGAAACCGUUUGCUCGAUAGACGAGAACUCGAAGCUAGCGGAACCAAUGUCCGUACCGGCGCCUGAAGCUGCGGAUUUUUCUACUUGCGACGGUGACAUCUACUCGGAGCACUGUACGGAGGCACUUGACCAACUGGAGAGUUUGGUAGAGGAAAACGAGAAUGAUCUUAGCAAAUCCAGUAGUCACAGCAGCAUUCCUGUCAAUAGGCCGGUGCACGUCAGCGGGAAUAUCAAUUUGAAACUGCAACCUUUAGACUUUAAGGAACAUAUCGAAACCCCCAAAAAUCAACAGAAACUCGCUACACCAGGUCAAGAUUUGCUGGAAUGGUGUACAGAAAUGACCAAGGAUUAUCCUAGUGUCAAAGUGACUAAUUUGACAACAAGUUGGAGAAAUGGCAUGGCAUUUUGUGCAUUGAUACACCAUUUCAAGCCUGAGCUCAUUGACUUUGAAUCACUUUCUCCGCAUGAUGUGAAAAGAAACUGCAAAGUGGCAUUUGAGGCCGGCGACAAAUUAGGAAUUCCAAGAAUAAUCGAACCUUCUGAUAUGCAUAUGCUAGCAGUCCCUGACAAAUUGGCUGUCAUGACGUACCUUCACCAGCUGAGAGCCUACUUCACAGGCUAUGAGCUAGAAGUACAACAAAUAGGAAAAACUGCGGACGAAAGCAACUACAUAAUAGGCAAAUUCAAUACGGACGACACCGAGAUUACCAAACAGGCGUACGGCCAGGAAAUAGUCAGUUGUAUGUUGUCAAAUCAGAUAAAGAAACAAGAAAACCAGAGGGUGAAGGAGUUGAACGGGGCGAAUAAAGAUAUGAACUUGAAAAAAGCUGACGCUUCAAAACUGAGUUUAUCUUUGAAAGCCACCGCUGAACCGAAAGAAAUCACCGAAAACGACCUGUCGCUUGCGGCGGCGAAAGAUAAGAAUAUGAUCAGCUCGAAUAACAUCGCUCAGAAGAUGGGUAUAGACGUGUACACGUGGAUAGACAAAGAGAUGGAGGAUCUAGAGCGAGAACAAAGCGUCAUCGACGAACAAGCCGCCAUAUUAGAAAAAGAAUUGAGAGAUGUCAUGGAGUCAAAGGAUAGCGACGGUGAUGAAGAAGCUCUGAUGGCGAAGUGGUUCAUGCUCGUCAACAAAAAAAAUGCUCUACUCAGACGACAAAUGCAACUUAAUAUUUUAGAAAAAGAAGCAGAUCUCGAGACUAGAUACAAAACGUUGAACUUGGAACUUCAAAAGAUAUCGUGCAUCGAAGAUUGGAGAAAAACCAAAGAACAUCGGAAUAGAGAACAGGCCUUACUAGAUGAACUUGUGCAAAUAGUUAACAAGAGAGAUGAAUUAGUUCAUCACUUGGAUAACCAGGAAAAAGCGAUCGAGGAUGACGAAAUAAUCGAGAAGGACCUCACGAACAUUGAACUACCCGCAAAAGAUGGCAAUUGUGUCAUCUCGUAAUAACUUUGUCGUUUUAGGGCAAUCUGGUACAUACUUUUUGUUUUUCUUAAUGCAAAUGAGGUUGGUGCUUUUUGUGAUAUUUGUGAAUAGUUAAUUUUGUUAUUGCUUAAACUGAUUUAUUUUGCGAGUCGAUAUUGUAUUUCUUCAAUUCGCUGUGAUCACUUAGUGCUGGAUCUAGGAGGAGGUAAAGCAGGGACAAGUAUUCAAACGGGAAACUACAACCUCACGGCUAAGUGCAAAGUGGAAGCAGACAAGUGAAUAUCUAUUUGCACCAAGCAAAUUAGGUGCCAAAAUUAAAGGGAAAGGGGAUAAAAAUACGAUAUUUCAAAUGCAUUAAAAUGCAACACUAUUUUUUGCGGUUUUUGCUCUUAUUUCUAAAACCGAGUUGUGUAUGUUUUAUUGCAGACUUCCUGAGAUCGAGCCAAUCCAUAAAUUAACAAAAACGCUAUUGCCAAAACUCUCUUGAAAUAAAAAUUAUUUUUGAAACCCCCAAUUAUUUCUUAGGAAAUUUGAUCGCUUGUUUUUAUUUCGUCCGAUACAGUUUUCCGUUAAAAAUAAAAACUAUCUGUUUCUCUGCAUGUUCAUAACAGUAUCGUUAAUUCGAUAUCACCAUGCAGAGAAAUAGAUUUUAUUUUAUUUCUACUUACAUGGGUGAAGGUCCACAAUAAUUUUAUUUGUUUAUAAAUAGAAAAAUACCAGUCAAAAAUCACUAAACGAUUCGUUAAUUGUAAUAACGCCUGAAAAGAUAAAGUCCCUGCUUUUGAUCAUUUUAACCUUAAGUACCUGUUGUUACACAAAUGAAACGUGGUAUAGUUGGUAAAACUGCUAAUAGAUGGAGACACAUGCUCCAAACAAGAGGUGUAUCAGAUAUGAUACGUAAUGCACUUAAGGGUUAAGUUGCCAAAAAACAACUUGAAGAAAUAAGACAGCCAGAAGAUAACAAGGAAGAUAAUUCAAGAUCAAGAAUUACAGAACCGAAUCUUGUUGUUGGUGCACAUGCCUCAACUAUGAGGCUAGGGAAUGGAUUCGCUACAUUGUCACUUUUGAAAAAUCCUAGAUCUAGUACGAUCGUUUCAUUGAAAAGACCUAGCUUUAAUCUUCUUUGAUAUCCAUCUAUAUAUAAGUAAUGUAUCUGUAUAGUUGACCUUUGUGUUUAAUGUUCCGAAUUUUGUUACUGUAUAUAUUAUUUAUGCAAAUUAAUAUUGUGAAGUAGUUAGUUUAUUUAUUCCACAUUGAGGUGAGCAGCCACUGCGAGUAAAACUUGACAACUGAAAAAUUAGUUCAGCACUAUUAUACUAGUGAAAGAAAACACUCGUAUCUCGACAAUCUGUCAGUAGAAAUUCACAAAACUAUCAAAUUUAUACAUGACAUGAUUCAAGUGAAGAAUUACUCGUAAUUUUAAUUUAUAUUAACCAAUUUGUACUGUCAACUGCCGCUACUGCUGAAUCGUUAAUAAAGGAUCUUAUUCGUUUAAAUAUAGUUUUAAUAUUUGACCUGAUAGGGUGAAUGUGCCA